AUGGCUUCUGUCUCCCUUCUUCUCGCCAUGCUCUUGUUCUUCGUAAUUGGCACAUCUCUGUCGGACAGUAGGAAGGAAUUAAGGAACAAGGAGAAAACUGCAUUACAGAUGUCAGAGCACUCGGUCCAUUAUCCCAACAGUAUUAACCCAUCGCGUGUUGUCCAAAUCUCUUGGCAACCAAGGGUUUUUCUAUAUAAAGGUUUUCUGUCUGACAAGGAGUGUGAAUACCUUAUUUCUUUGGCAUAUGCUGAGAAAGAAAAAUCCUCAGGGAAUGGUGGGACCUCCUUGGAUAAGGAAGAUGAAAUUCUUGCGAGGAUUGAAGAAAGACUUUCAGUUUGGACUUUCCUUCCUAAAGAGAACAGCAAGCCUUUACAGGUCAUGCAAUAUGGGCCUGAGCAGGAUGGUCAGACCUUAGAUUAUUUUACAAACAAAACCUAUUUGGAAUUAAGUGGACCUUUAAUGGCAACAGUUGUUUUAUAUCUCUCAGACUCUUCUCAAGGGGGUCAAAUUCUCUUUCCUGAAUCAGUGCCAAGUAGUGGCGGCUGGUCAAGUUGCAGUAACAGUAACAAGACUCUCCAACCAGUAAAAGGGAAUGCAAUUCUGUUUUUCUCUCUUCACCUAAGUGCUUCUCCUGACAAGAGUAGCUUCCAUUCUAGAUGCCCUGUCCUUGAAGGAGACAUGUGGUCUGCAAUUAAAUACUUCUAUGCAAAACCAAUCAGAGGCAAGGUCUCAACCAUGUCAGAAGAUGGUGAAUGCACUGAUGAAGAUGACGGUUGUCCUGCUUGGGCAGCCAUGGGAGAAUGUCAAAGAAACCCUGUGUUCAUGAUUGGAUCUCCUGAUUAUUAUGGUACAUGUAGGAAAAGUUGUAAUGCAUGCUGA